AUGGCAGCGUCCAGGGGAUGGCGGGUGCUGUGGCACGGCCGGUGCUGGUUCUCACAGACGCAGUCCACUGUCUCCGCGGAGCCCUCUGACUCACUUUACCCCCCGAUAGUGGCUUCCGCUACGGCACAGAGCAAAGCGGCCAAGCGGCGGCGUCUGGAGCAUUUCCACCAGAGAGUGCAUGCAGCGGCCUCGAUCGAGGAGAAGCUGCGGCUCUACAGGAAGCUGCAGCGGCCCAAGUACAUGGUUUAUCCGCAGACCCUCGCCCUUAACGCCGACCGCUGGUACCGGAGCUUCACCAAGACCGUCUUCGUGCCAGGGUUGCCCACGAAUGUGGCGCUGGCAGCCGGGGAAGCCCAGGCAUCAAUAGCUUCAGAGCCCGCGAAAGCUCUGGAGGGCGCGGCAGAAGUGGCACCCGGGGACACCAAAGCCUCCCAACCGGGAACGGCGGCACCAGAGGCUGCGAGAACUCCAGAGCCCGCGGUGGGAGCGGAGCCAUACCUGGAUAUGGGCGAGCUGCGCUCUCUCGUCUGCGACGCGCUCCUGCAAGAGAACUUCUACCAGAAAAAGAAGCGGCCGUUCCUCUACCGUGAUCAGGAGCAUACGCCUGGCCCAUUCCUUACGCAGCUCGUUUCUACCCUCGCCGCUUACCUGUCCAACUGCAAUCCGCUCCUGGCAGCCUCCUCCUUUGAUCUAAACCCUGAAGUUAACUAUUACUGGCAUCAUGGUGAGGAGGUUGUUGUUCAUGGGCAUCGAAAGGGUAGAGUUGAUCCUGUGCGAUUUCAGAUAGAUGAUCACCCACACCUCCAAAUCCGUGUACCAAAACAACUUCCAGAGAUUGUGCAGCUGGAAUCAGAUCUGGGAGAUGUUCCUGUUAUUGAUCACAAACCAUCCAAACUGCCAUUGUUCAAAAAGCAAUAUGAAAACAAGGUGUUCAUAGGAUCAAAGGUAGCAGACCCAUGCUGUUAUGGACACACCCAGUUUCAUCUUUUUCCUGAUAAACUGAAACGAGAGAGGUUUAUAAAAUUACGUCUUGAGGAUCAGAUUGAAGUUGUUUAUCGAGCUAAUGGUAUUGCAAGUCUCUUUGCCUGGACUGCAGCACAAGCAAUGUAUCAAGGAUUCUGGAAUGAAGCAGAUGUAACACGUCCUUUUGUGUCACAAGCAGUAGUAACUGAUGGAAAAUACUUUGCGUUCUUCUGUUACCAGCUAAAUACUUUAGCACUAACUGUAGAAACUAUUAAAAAUAACCCUCGGAAGAAUAUCUGUUGGGGUACAGACAGUAAGCCAUUGUAUGAUGUGGUGGAAGAUGGUCAUGUGAAAGGCUUUAAUGAUGAAGUUCUGCUCAUGUUGGUUCGUUUUCUGUUAAACAGACCAAAAGAGUUGUAAAUCAGUAAACAAGGAAAUAUUCCUUUCUUUGUGCCUCAACUUCACUGUAACUGCAUGGGCUAGAAUAUGCCUUGCUCUUAAUCAAGUAUUUGUCUAGCAAACAAUAUAUACAUAUUUUAUGAUAUUUGGGCCUUAUUUCUUUAACUGUAUAACAUGGUACACUGAAAAAUAA